AUGGAAGAAUCCAAGGAUAUGGGGGAGCCUCCGUUGCUGAUCCUGGAGAAGCCCGAAUAUGUGGUGGAGAUAACUGCAACGCAUCCUAUGCCAGUAGAUCCUGUGGCUGCUUUCAAGCGUUGGAUGAAUAGCUUCCGAUCCCGAAGAGGCUGUCCCCCACCCGAAAGAUACGUCGAGGGUUGGCCGACGGAAGUCAAGCCAGAUAAUCGGGACCUUCUACCAGACUUGUUAACCUCAAAUGAGUUCCAGGAAAAGCAAUGGGAAUCCUUGUCCCACCGUUCGUCCAAUCUUGGAACCGUUAAGACGGCCACUCUGAGCAUUACUAGCCAAAGUGUGGUACGAUCGAGGGGUACCACGCAGAGCACAACAAAUCAAAGCAUACGAUCUGAUGCCCGUGAAUCGCUAGACAGCAUCAGACCUGCCUUGAAUCCUUCAAUCGAUGAGGAAGCUCAGCACAGGGCAAUUAAGAGGCGUCGUGUUCUCCGGGAACUGAUCACUACCGAAUGUGAUUAUAUUUUCGGCUUGAAAGCACUGGCUGAUGCCCUUUUCAUAUUUUCUGUCAGGCCGGAGAUUUACCACAAUAUUCAACAGAUCCGUGACACGCACGAGGACUUCCUCUCCCAGAUUCGAAAGCUGACGCCCAUAUCGAACCUUGCAGCAGCCGAGUUCGAUACCUUGAUGCCUCAGGGUGUUCACAAGCGCCUGAGUGCAAUUGACUUUGAUUUGAGGGCUUUGCAUGCCAAGUCUCUGCGAUCACGUAGCUUUAGGACUUCUAUAGAUUCGCGUCUCAGGGCGUUGGCUGCGGAGACAAAAGAGGCCUUGCAAGUUGCGCUAGAAGUCGGCAACCUGUCGGCAUCUUUCACCGCUUACAAAGUGUUCUGUAAGAACUAUGGCUUGCUCACAGUAGAUGUGAGUCUUCUGCGCCAGUCUGUACCGGAUUGGCGUAUAUUCGACCAGGGCAUUGAGGCUCUAUCGAAGUCGGUUGCAUCAUUGGAAAGGCAGACACAAGAGGAAAAUAAAGCGAUGUCUCUGAAUGACCUCCUGAUCAAGCCAAUUCAACGUCUGUGCAAGUAUCCUUUGCUGCUUGAGGAACUAUUACGAUGGACUCAUAUUCAAGACGACCCAUCGGCCCAUGACGGCAUCCGGCAAGUCCUUGAACAAGUCCGUGCGGUGGUAUGCGAAAUAAAUCAAAUCACCGAUAACCCCAUUAGCAAGGCACUAGUGAAGAAGACCUUCUUGCUACAGAGCUUCAUGGACCUAUCAACAUCCAACGCGAUCGAUAACAUCUACAAGCAACUGGGUCCUCUGAGCCUGUGCGGGGUCCUUCACAUCACAUACCAAACCCCUGAGUAUAUUACGGGAGGAUACAUGGUCUGCAUUCUGUUCACCUAUCAUCUCGUAAUAGCCAAACCGAGCAAUGACUACCGAAGGCUUGAGCCACUAGCAUGUGUGUAUAUUCCUGACAUGAAGAUUGAUUCGAUCAGAAACGGGGAAGGUCUUCGUUGCUAUGGCUGUCUUUACUCCUGGAAAUUGAUUUUCCAGUCUCAGGGCAAGAACUACGAAGUGGUGCUCAGUGCUGCCUCGGCACGCGAAGAAAAGAAAUGGGAGACCGAGAUGCUCAGGUCUGCAGCCGCAUUAACUGACAUGCCGAAGUCAGUGGUAGCGAAGCUGAAAGAAUACUCAUUUCAGUCUCUGGAGCUGGCUCCAUUGAGUUGCAGCAACGGUGCUCUGCCUCUUCUUCCUCGCCGACCGUCUAUGCAGGCAUUGGCUACAUCGCGGACUCUACCUGAUUCACAGAACAUCAUCAUCAAAAAGACGCAUUGCCCACAAAGACUCCAGAUGACGGAAUCUGUGGACGGGGAAAUCGAGCGGCCGAAGAUGUCUGCCUUGUGCCCAGCCCUUGUACUGACUGCCAGAAGACAGGAUCGAAUACUCCUAGAACGUGCCAUAUCUGCUUUCUACACGCGGGACGUUCUGCCGUACCCUGGGAUGACAUUAGGCAAGGGGGACAUUUUCCAUAGUCCUGGGUCUCUUAUGAGACAUCUGAGCCGCCGGCCGGGGUUGUACCGACGCUCCAGCUGUGUGAGCCUCAGCACCGCAGGCUAUUCUGCUAAGUCUGUUACGGGAGCGACAUGUGCCGACGAGAAAGUCCAUAGGAAGCUUGGAAAGAGUCAGGAGAUGAGUUUACGAAGUGUAUCGAGAGGCAAGCCAGCAACUCCGGACACAGACAAGGGACCUAUCUUGGCGCGACAUAGUAAGGAUAUUCGACGGUCCAAAACGUGGAAAGGGAAAGGAGGUCCGAAUGCGAAAACCAAGGCUGAGAUCAUUCCGACCAGUGCUAGCAACAAGGGAACGGAGAAACCCGACGGUUGUUCCUUGAGAACAUCUGCUAUUCGGAGGAUGUUUAAUUCGAUGUCCUCGCGACGGACGAAAAGACAGGGUCGCAUGGGGCUUGGGAGUGGGGUUUGAUGGAGGUGAUGAUGCAAGUUGUGUGAGAUUUCCUGCAGUAUUGCAUCAGAUGGCCAGGUACGUGAGUACAAGUGUGUGGAAUAUGUAUGGGGUUCUUAGGGAUUCGUGUCGAUUCUGAGGAGAGUGGGGGAGGAGAGAUUGACCGGGGCGAAGCGAGACGUAAUUAGUAGCAUUAGCGAGCCAGAAUGCCAGAAUGCCAAUAAUGUCUGUGACUUGAAUGAUGAUGAUGAUGAUGCGG